UGCGGGCAGGUGGCGGCUCUGGCUCCACUCAGCGCAUCCCGCUCUGUGAGGCAGACAUGAGGGCGGAGGGCAUGUCCUCUUUCCUGGCUCUGGGGCUCCUGGUGGCUGGACUGUGCUCCAGGGUCCACUGCGUCCCAGCGGAUGACCUUGCCUCAAAGAUUGUGACCCUGAAGGACCAGAUCAAGAAGCUGCCAGCGCCCAACACCGCCGUCGUCUCCAGCAACACCGACUUCGCCUUCAGCCUCUACAAGCAGCUGGUUUCUUUAGACCCCAGUAAGAAUGUCAUCUUCUCCCCGCUGAGCGUCUCCAUGGCCUUGGCCUUCCUGUCUCUGGGGGCCCGAGGCCCCACCCUGACAGAGCUCCUGGAAGGCCUCAAGUUCAACCUCACAGAGACCCCUGAGGCAGAAAUCCACCAGGGCUUCCAGCACCUCCUGCAGGCCCUCAGCCAACCCAGCAACCUGCUGCAGCUGAACGUGGGCAACGCCAUGUUCAUUGGUGAGCGGCUGAAGCUGCUGGACAAGUUCGUCCAAGAGGCCCGUGAGCUGUACCACUCCGAGGCCUUCUCCAUCAGCUUUAAGGACUCCGAUGCUGCCGUAAAGUUCAUCAACGACUAUGUAAAGAAUAAGACCAAGGGGAAAAUUGUGGAUUUGUUCAAAGAACUUUCCCCGGAAACAGUCCUGGUUCUGGUGAACUGCAUCUACUUUAAAGCCCAGUGGAAGAUGCCCUUUAAUCCCAACUUUACCACGGAGGCAGAUUUCCACGUGAGCAAGAACAGGACGGUGAGGGUGCCCAUGAUGGGCAUUAUGGGCCGGACCGUGCCCUACUUCCGGGACAAGGAGCUGGCCUGCACGGUGGUGGAGCUCCCGUACACCAGCAAUGACAGCGCGCUCUUCAUCCUCCCUGACGACGGCAGGAUGGCGGCCGUGGAAGCCAAGCUGCUCCCAGAGACGCUGAGGAGGUGGAGAGCCUCCCUGCACCCCAGACGGAUAACUGCCCUCUACCUGCCACGGUUUUCCAUCUCUGGGGACUAUACGCUGCAUGACAUCCUUCCCCAGCUGGGCAUUAAGAAAGUCUUCAGCCGCCAGGCUGACCUGUCAGGAAUCACAGAUCAAGUGCGCCUGCAAGUUUCCCAGGUGGUCCACAGAGCUGUGCUUGACGUGGACGAGGAGGGCACGGAAGGAGCUGCUGCCACGGGAAUCGGCAUACAACCCACAUCCCUAGUGCUUUUGAUGGUGCGUUUCAACAGGCCCUUUCUGUUUUCCAUAAUUCACAAAGACACCCAGAGCAUCAUCUUUUCAGGGAAAGUCACCGACCCCAGUCAAGCCUAGAGCUCCCCUCCAAGUGCCAGGUCUCCUCAUUAAGGAGCUGGGUGCCCUGGUCCCUGGGGCAGCCUGGCACCACCUGCUCACCCUUGGGAAGGUGACAGUCGCCCUCUGGAGGCUCCACACACACAGGGGUCUGCGCCCUGCUCCGGGGAGGCUCUGAGACCUCCCACAGCAAUAAAGCAUCUUUCUGAGCUGGA